AUGGCAACAUCUAAUGCUCUCUCCACAGCUUCCAUUCUUUGCUCUCCUAAACAGGGAGCGUUGAGGAGGAGAGGGAAUCAGCAACACAACUCAAGGCUUAAUUAUGGGCAAUCAACCAGAAGAUUCGCAGUGCGAGCAAAUGCAAAGGAUAUUGCAUUUGAUCAGAACUCCAGGGCUGCACUCCAAUACGGCAUUGAUAAGCUUGCUGAUGCUGUUGGGCUUACUCUUGGUCCUAGGGGGAGAAAUGUUGUCUUAGAUGAAUUCGGAAGUCCAAAGGUAGUUAAUGAUGGGGUAACAAUUGCCCGGGCUAUUGAGCUACCUGAUCCCAUGGAAAAUGCUGGUGCAGCGCUCAUCAGAGAGGUUGCAAGUAAAACAAAUGACUCUGCUGGUGAUGGAACAACAACUGCUUCAGUUAUUGCUCGGGAAAUAAUCAAACUAGGACUUUUGAGUGUCACCUCUGGUGCAAAUCCGGUUUCUAUAAGAAGGGGAAUUGAUAAAACUGUGCAUGGCUUGGUAGAAGAGCUAGAGAAGAAGGCCAGACCUGUUAAAGGUCGUGAUGACAUUAAAGCUGUUGCGACCAUUUCUGCUGGAAAUGACGAGCUCAUUGGCACGAUGAUUGCUGAUGCAAUUGACAAGGUUGGGCCUGAUGGUGUUCUAUCAAUUGAGUCAUCGUCUUCCUUCGAGACCACAGUUGAAGUUGAAGAAGGAAUGGAGAUAGACAGAGGUUAUAUUUCUCCUCAAUUUGUUACAAAUCCCGAGAAGUUAAUUUGUGAAUUUGAGAAUGCUAGAGUGUUGGUUACGGAUCAGAAGAUUUCUGCAAUCAAAGACAUAAUUCCCUUGCUAGAAAAAACCACUCAAUUGAGAGCUCCUUUACUUAUAAUUGCUGAGGAUGUCACUGGUGAGGCUCUGGCUACCCUUGUGGUGAACAAAUUGCGUGGUGUCCUUAAUGUUGCUGCUAUCAAGGCUCCUGGUUUUGGUGAAAGGAGGAAAGCUAUGCUUCAAGACAUUGCCAUUUUGACUGGAGCUGAGUUCCAAGCCAGUGAUCUUGGUUUGAACAUUGAAAGCACAUCAGUGGAGCAGCUUGGUUUGGCCAGGAAGGUUACAGUCACCAAGGAUUCCACCACCAUCAUUGCUGAUGCUGCAUCAAAGGAUGAGUUGCAAGCUAGAAUUGCACAGUUGAAAAGAGAGCUGUCUGAGACUGAUUCUGUGUAUGACUCUGAGAAACUGGCUGAAAGAAUUGCCAAAUUGUCUGGUGGGGUUGCCGUUAUCAAAGUGGGUGCUGCAACAGAGACCGAGCUUGAGGAUCGUAAACUCCGCAUUGAGGAUGCCAAGAAUGCAACUUUUGCUGCCAUAGAGGAAGGAAUUGUGCCUGGUGGUGGUGCUGCGUUGGUUCAUCUCUCAACUCAUGUUCCUGCGAUCAAGGACAAAAUUGAAGAUGCAGAAGAACGGUUAGGUGCUGACAUCGUGCAGAAGGCACUGGUAGCCCCAGCAUCAUUGAUAGCUCAAAAUGCUGGAAUUGAAGGUGAGGUAGUUGUCGAGAAGCUUAAGGCUAGUGAAUGGGAGGUUGGCUAUAAUGCCAUGACAGACAAGUAUGAAAACUUGGUGGAGGCUGGAGUCAUUGAUCCGGCAAAGGUGACAAGGUGUGCUUUGCAGAAUGCUGCAUCUGUAGCUGGAAUGGUCCUGACCACCCAGGCCAUUGUUGUAGAAAAGCCCAAGGCCAAGACACCUGCAGCUGUUGCUCCACAGGGUCUUACUAUCUAA